AUGAAAAUAAUGGAAGAAGGGAUGAAAAAGGAUGCGAACAACAGUUGGACAGCUCCAUUACCAUUCAAAUCACCACGCCAAAGCCUCCCAAACAACAGGCCACAAGCUAUGAAUCGGCUCAUGUCCCUGAUCCGCAACUUCGACAGAAAACCAGAGAUGAGAGAUCAUUUUGUAGCUUUCAUGGAAAAGAUUUUCCAAAAUGGCCACGCGGAGAUUGCCCCUCCUUUAAAGGAAGAUGAAGAGAGGUGGUACUUGCCUCUGUUUGGGGUUCAUCACCCCAAAAAGCCAAAACAGAUUAGAGUUGUAUUUGACAGUAGUGCUCAGUACAAGGGACUGUCACUUAAUGAUGUAUUAUUAAAGGGUCCAGAUCUCAACAACUCACUCCUGGGAGUCCUCAUGCGCUUCAGGAAAGAAGCAGUAGCCUUUACGGCAGACAUCGAGCACAUGUUUUAUUGUUUCUAUGUGCGGGAAGAGGACAGAAACUUCCUCUGUUUUCUGUGGUUUCAUGACAACAACCUCAGCAACGACAUCAUAGAGUACCGAAUGAAGGUCCAUGUUUUCGGUAACAGUCCCUCCCCCGCAGUGGCAAUAUUUGGCCUACAUCAGUCUGUCCAGUGCUUUGAGACGGACCUCGACCCCGACGUCCAGCUGUUUGUGACACGUGAUUUUUAUGUAGAUGACGGCCUUAAAUCCCUUGCCACUGUUGAAACGGCCGUGAGUCUGUUGCGAAAGACCCGUGAUGUCCUUGCCAAAUCGAACUUGAGGUUGCACAAGAUCGCAGCCAACAGGAAAGAGAUCCUGGAAGCGUUCCCAUCCCAAGAUCAUGCAAAAGACCUCAAAGACUUAGAUCCUGAAGCAGAUGCACUGCCCAUGCAGCGUAGCCUAGGGCUCCUUUGGGACCUCAAGAGAGACUGUUUCACCUUUAAUGUGUCUGAUGAGACAAAACCCUUCACUCGACGUGGCGUCUUAUCCACCAUAAACAGUCUCUAUGACCCGCUAGGUUUUGUAGCCCCUGUUACAAUCCACGGCAAAUCCAUCCUCAGAGAGCUCACCUCAGAUAAUGGUGACUGGGAUGCUCCACUGCCCCAACGGAUGGAGGAGUCAUGGGUUCUUUGGAGAGAGUCACUACGUGCACUGUCUAACGUCUCAAUUGCCAGAACAUACACCAACAUCUCACCUUCAGAGGCUGCGCGCAGAGAACUAUGCAUCUUCUGUGAUGCGUUAACCAAAGCCAUUGCAGCGGUGGCUUAUUUGAAGGUGACUGAUGCAGGCGGGAACUGUGAAGUUGGCUUCGUUAUGGGGAAAGCAAAACUAACACCACGUCCCGAACAAACCAUCCCCAGACUAGAACUGUGUGCUGCUGUGCUAGCGGUAGAGCUUACUGAUCUGGUCUCAGGAGAGCUGGAUAUUCAUCUGAACGACACCCACUUCUAUACAGACAGUAAAGUUGUCUUGGGUUAUAUUUACAACGAGACCAGGCGCUUCUAUGUCUAUGUCAGCAAUCGUGUGGCUCGGAUUAGGAGGUCCUCACGAGCUAACCAGUGGCAAUACGUCCCCACUGACCAGGACCCCGCGGAUCUUGCAACACGAUCUGUUCCUGCACAUCAGCUCAUGCUCACCAACUGGUUCACGGGCCCCAAAUUCUUGUGCCAAGACAAUCAAAGCCAAUGCACCUAUGACCUCGUCGAACCCAGUCCAGACGGCGACAUCAGACUUCAGGUCUCCGCCCUAAAAACCACAACUGAGGUGAAUCAACUCGGUUCUCAAAGAAUGACAAAGUUUUCCCGCUGGAGCUCCCUGAUUCGUGCCAUUGCUCGUCUCCUGCACAUUGUUCAUGCCUUCAGGUCAGGCACCAGUAAAGACAGUUUUUGUAAAGGUUGGCACCAUUGUGGAACAGGAGUCACAGUGGAAGAGUCCGAGCAAGCUAAAAACAUUGUCAUCAGAUCUGUUCAAGAGGAAACAUACACUGAGGAGAUCAAGUGCAUCAUUGAGCAGCGGGAGAUUCCUAAGGGCAGUCCUAUUAAAAAUCUGGACCCCUUCAUAGACGACCAAGGUCUACUUAGGGUUGGUGGCCGCAUCAGGGAAGCAGACCUCAGUCAAGCAGAAAAGAACCCACUCAUUGUUCCUGGCCAACAUCACGUUGCAAGUCUUAUUGUGAAACAUUGUCAUGAACAGACCCUCCAUCAAGGUCGACUCUACACUGAGGGUGCUGUUCGCUCAGCAGGUUGGUGGAUUGUUGGCGGCAAAAGGAGAGUGAGUAAUGUUAUUCACCACUGUGUAAAAUGUAGAAGGUUGAGAGCCCCCCUCUGUGUUCAAAAAAUGGCCAACCUCCCAGCUCAGCGUCUCUCAACUGACCCCCCAUUCACAAAUGUGGGCCUGGAUGUGUUUGGCCCUUGGAAUGUUUUCACACAACGCACAAGAGGAGGUGUUGUCCAAAACAAAAGAUGGGCUGUUAUCUUUACGUGUUUGAGUAUGAGGGCAGUUCAUAUUGAAGUGAUCGAAUCACUUGACACGUCAAGUUUCAUUAACUCACUCAAACGUUUUUUGGCUAUCAGGGGUCCAGUGAAGAGCAUCUACUCGGAUCGUGGCACCAACUUUGUGUGUGUUGCAUGUAAAGAACUUCAGAUACCGUCAAACAUAAACAAUACAGCAGUCAGAACUUACCUGUUAGGAAAGGGAUGCUCAUGGACUUUCAAUCCCCCUCACGCCUCCCAUUUUGGUGGUUCAUGGGAAAGGAUGAUGGGUCUGGCUAGGAGAAUUCUGGACUCUAUGUUCCUAGACCUCAAAACCACAAAACUCACCCACGAGGUUCUCGUCACCUUCAUGGCAGAAGUGUCUGCUAUUAUAAACUCCAGGCCCCUCGUUCCAGUGUCAACAGAUCCUACUGACCCAUUCAUACUCUCCCCAGUGGUUCUUCUUACACAGAAAGUUGGCCCUCUCUCAGCCCCUGCUGGCAGCUUUGUGGCCUCUGACCUUUAUAAGAACCAGUGGCGUCAAGUCCAGCAUCUUGCUAAUGUUUUCUGGGACAAGUGGAGACGUCAGUUUCUUUCAACACUCCAACCCCGACGCAAAUGGCAGUCCAGCCAACCAAAUGUGAGCCCAGGGACUGUUGUUGUUUUAAAGGACAUUCAGUCACCAAGACAUGAGUGGCCACUUGGACUUGUGACAAAGGUGUUUCCCAGCACGGAUGGCAAAGUAUGGACUGUGGAGAUAAAGGUGGCUGGGUCACAUGGAACUAAGAUCUUCACCAGACCUAUCGCAGAUAUAGCAGUUCUUGUCCCCCCAGAGCCAUAAAGACUGAGAAAAAAUAUUAUCUUGUGUUUAAUAAGUAGUGGCGGCAAUUAACGCCAGGCGGGGAAUGUUCUGUUUUAGUUCAUUAUAAUCAAUGUGUUAAGUUUAAAAAUCAUUUCAUGUAUCUACUUUCAUUCAUUUCAUUGUAUUUUACAGAGAAGAGAAAGUUAAAAGCGCAAUACCGCCACCUACUGGUCGAUUUUAGUUCAGCAGUCUAUGUUUUGUUUAUUUUGAAUUGAAAACUUUAUUAAGGAAGUGAGAACUAGGUCACGGAGUCAAGAAUGUUUUGGCAGCUCACGGUGUUUAUCGGCCGCUUCGGCAUACAUCUUGUUUGAGGUUGCAUCGUCGGUAUGUAUUAUUGAUAUGUUUAUUUACUCUCAUGUGCUACGUUUAAGUGGUAAAUUUAAAUUGUAUGCUCUUUAGUAGCUCACAUCAUUUACGUUUCUUUCUAGCAUAUUGUUGUCAUUAGCUAUGCUAUUUUCAGCUAAUAUAGUGCAUCCAUGCUACGUGGUGUUGUUUAUUUAUGCUUUAUACAUUUAUGGACAUAUGAUAUUCAUGAUUUGAUUAUUGUUUGUCUAUUUUUCUCUUUAGUUUCACACUUUGCUUCGUCAAUAAACCUGUCAAACUACAUGCAGAGUCCUGAUUGAAGUGAAGCGUUUAGCUGCCUGUCAUACAUGCAUAGCACGCAUUGAGGACAGAACACAAAGUUUGAUUGAGUGACAACUGGAGAAUAUGGAGAUAUUUGCAUCUUGAAAGCUGGACUACAAAUGUGGAUAGACAGGGAGAAACACACGCAAGCCUAAGACGUGUGCCGCGCGCACCACCUACUCUGGGCAACUCAACCUUGAAAGAAGAAGAAAUGAUGAGUCAGCAGAGAGCCAGAUUAAACAACUCUCUUCUCAUCACUCCAGGAACAGAGCUGACAAGUGGGCAAGUGGGUCAGCUGCAUGGUCAGAAAUGUCUUUAUAUCCACCUUUUGAUGUAAUAUAGACUAUAAAUAGACUUUAAUGUAAUGUUUAGAUCAUUAGAUAUGGAUAAUACAUACAUAUUUCGACAUUUUUAUUGAUAUAUUUCUUUUGAUGUUACUGCUUUUACUCUGAAAAUUUUGAGAGUGUCUGUUCUUUUCUUGAAAAACUGUCAUCUGUGUAACAACCAGUUUGUCCUAUACUUGUUUUCUGAGUGCACUGAUUGCAUCUAAUGAUCUAAUAUUUGUAUUUACAAUGACUCUUCAUUCUCAUCCAUUCUUUUUCUGUGUCUGUCUGACAAAAUACACAAAGAUGCAAAACAAUUCUUGGUCACUGUCACAAGGAGCAGCAAGGGCUGCAUAAACUUGCAUUUGCUCUACCGGAGCAGGUAUGAUCUUGUUCUCAUGCAUCCAAAAGAUUUCUCCCCACUGUCAUUAUGUCCCAAAUACCAUGUAAUCAGUGUUGGGAAAGUUACUUUUGAAAUUUACAGGUUGCAGAUUA